UAUCGUUAGGGUAUAUUGCUUGUAUUUUAGCCAUCCCGUGGCGAUCAUGGUACCAGAGACAUCAUGCUUUCUGCUCGUCGCGACCCUGCUUGUGUUUCUGGGGCAGAUAUAUAGCAAUAUAGCUUGUCAGCAUGACGAGUUCAGUUGCAAUAAUGGGCAGUGUAUAGACACAACGUGGAUUUGUGAUGGCAUAGAAGACUGUCUGGAUGCAUCAGAUGAAGUUGGCUGUACUGCACAACAGUGUAUUGAUGAUGAAUUCAGAUGUCCAUCAGGGAGAUGUAUUUUAUCUGAAUGGGUUUGUGAUGGUGAUGAUGACUGUGGAGACAAUGCUGAUGAGAGUCAAAGUUGUCCUGAGCAUAUGUGUAAUGAUAGCCAGUUUAAGUGUGCAAAUGGCAACUGUAUUCCAAUACAAUGGAAGUGCGACCAUGAAAAUGACUGUAGUGAUUCAUCAGAUGAGUCCAACUGUGAAUACAGAGACUGUGAAAGCACUGACAUAACGUGCUUCGAUGGUACAUGUGUUCCGGCAUCCAGACGUUGUGAUGGAGUCUUUGACUGCCGAGAUGGCACAGAUGAAAACAAUUGUAACUCAGAAUGUGGUAUAUUAGAGUUUGAAUGUGCGGAUGGUUCUUGUAUCCCAAGACAACUGUAUUGUAACCAUCAAUCAGACUGCUUAGAUGAAUCAGAUGAGGCUGACUGCGUGUACCCAUCAUGCUCCAGUGCUGAGUUCACAUGUGAAAAUUCCAACUGUGUACCUCAGGAAUGGGUGUGCGAUGGAGCUGAUGACUGCCUUGAUUUAUCAGACGAAAAAAGAUGUGAGCAACGAUCAUGUCCACCUUUAAAGUGGGCCUGUCCAUUGUCAGGAACGUGUAUUGAAUUAUCGGAAGUCUGCAAUAAUCAGCCGACUGUCCGAAUAGUGAAGACGAGAGUGGACAAGGAAACUAUUGUAGUGAAAAUAAUUGCGGUAUUCUCGGUUGUGAAAAUGACUGCCAUGUGUCACCAACUGGUGGCAUAUGCUACUGUGAUGUUGGAUAUAUAUUAGACACAGAUAACAGAACGUGUGUAGAUUAUGACGAGUGUGGAGUAUGGGGUAGCUGUGAUCAGCUGUGUCACAAUGUUCCAAGUGCGUACAGGUGUUCAUGUUACGAGGGUUAUCAAAUUGAAAAUAAUAGCCAUUGUAAAGCAAUAGGUGGGGGAGCGGCCAAAAUUUUUUUUUCGUUAAGGAAUGCCAUAAUGAGUGUGGACAUUGAUGGCAGUAACAUUGAAACUGUUGUAGAGACCGAAAAUGCCAUAGGUGUUGACUUCCACUAUGCAAGUCAGAUACUUUUCUGGACUGAUGACACGCACAAUAAACUUUAUUCAUCAAACAUUGAUGGUACUGGAGUAGAAGUUGUUUUGGAUAUUGGACUACAUACACCAGAAAAUGUCGCAGUUGACUGGAUUGGAAAUAAACUUUAUGUUGUAGAAAGCUACAUUGGGCAGAUUGAUAUAUGCGAAAUGGACGGUAGCCUGAGGGCGCCCUUGCUUACUGAGGGUCUUAACCAACCACGAGGAAUCGG